AUGUCUUGGGAAGCGUUUCCAGUGCUUUACUUUAAUCUUUCGGGAGAAAUGAUUUAUAUUGUUGAACAACGUUUGACUGCUCAGAGUAUUGAUAUAUCAAAGGCUGAUAAAGUAAUAAACGAUAUUUUAAUGGCAAUAUUUARUCCCAAUUUAAUUGAAGAAGUAUUCAAAAAGCAGAAGUUGUCGACAAUAUAUGCAUUGAGACAAAUGUUUGAAAAGUUGGCCCACUCUUCCAUUAUGAAACUCAAUGAGCAGAGUAUGAAUAAGCUAUUUGAUUUGAUGGUAAUGGUGACCAAAUAUCAAGUGGUAUUCUGUAAUUCUCCCAUUGAUUUAAUACACAUAACGUUAAAUCAUUUUGAGAGUAUAUGUCAAAUGAGUCGAUAUGAGAAUACAUUGAAACUAAUUGAGAGCUCAAAAGACAAGUUUAUAACAACUUAUAGUGACAUGAAUUGCAAGAAAUUACAACACAUUCGCCAAACUAUUCUGACAUUUCUUCAGGACAUACAAACCAGAGUUUCUAUUUUCCUUAGAGAUGGUAUACAAGAAAAUGACGGCAAAUUUGUCAUCAAACCGGUUGGUGUCGUGUCUUGUGAUUGUCAAUUGCCCGGAACUAUCAAAUACUUUGAUCAAAACGAUGCAAUCAAACAAAUUGACAAUUUUGUGUCGUCCGAAUUAUCUUAUAAUCGCUUUAAAAAUGAAUCGCAAAGUGAUGAACAACAGAGCAAUCAUUUGAAUGAAACAAAUGAAUCGGCAAAACAUGAAUUGGAUUUAUUAGCAAAACUUAUUGGACGACAAAAACCUAAUGAAACAGAACUCGAAUUUUACAUUCAUUUGGGAACUGAAGACUCAAUUUUAGAAAAUCAAGAAAAUCAACAAUUAAAUUCAAUUAUUGAAUAA